AUGGCAUCAAGUGCCCCCCAGGAGGAAGGAGGAGGAGGAGGAGGGUCUCCAGAGGGAAGGAGGCCACCUCAAAUGCCCAGAAGCAGGCAGGAGGAGGAGGCCCAGCCCCUUCCGCCGCAGUUCCCUUCCUACUUGCGCACCCUGAGCGGAAGAGAGAAGGUGGAGCUCUACUGCGACCGCCUCCUUCAGGGCUGCAAGGCAGAAGACACCCAUGAGGCAAUUAGUAAAUAUCUUCUGGAAAAGAUGAAGAUGAAGGAAAAAUGGCUUGGCAUCUGGAAGACCAAUCCAAACCUUUUUUUGGUCACUUCUGAAGAAACUCCCAUACCAUAUCUUGGUGUGCUUGUUGAGGUUGCUUGCAAACUGCCCCAGAAUCCCUCUGCUAACUUGAAACUUUCUGUCUCUAUUGCUGAGCCCUUCUCCUCUAAUAUUGCCAAUAUUCCAAGAGCUUUCAUUGAUAAAGUUCUGAAAGAAAUGGAUCAUUAUGUGCCUCUUUUGGAAAUCUAUCCUGUUCAGGGGCAAGAUAGUGCCGUGUCUGACAUAGCCAAGGCUUUGGAAAUUGUGAGGUAUGCUUUUUCUUAA